AUGGGGAAAAAGAGUGGUGCUCUUGUACACUGGCUCCUGCUCUUGUCAACACUACUAACCCAUGUGUUGGUCGACGUUGAAGCACACAAUUAUUUCCCAAAAACGAAGGUGGUGAUAUCAAACCAAAUUGAAGGAGGGCCAAAGUUGUUGGUUCAUUGCAAGUCCAGCGAGGACGAUCUGGGUGUGCGUUGGUUGGACCCAGGCCAGAGUUUCGUCUGGACCGUCCCCCAAUCUUUUUUCGUAUAUACCGAGUACUUUUGUGCCUUCCGAUGGGAAGAUGGAGCUCAUCUUGUUUGGUUUGACAUCUACAAACCAGAGAGGGAUCAUAUUGUGUGCAAGCUGUGUCAAUGGGCCAUCAGGAGAGACGGGCCGUGUCUGGCGGUGCCGGGUUCCAAAAUGUGUUAUCACUGGACUUCCCAUCUUCAGUCCGUCAAUAAGCUCUUUUAG